AUGGAGUACCUCAACAAGGAGAUCAUGGUAUAUUUUGAGACCAAAGGCCUAUCUACCGAUAUCCGAGAUGAUAGGAUUGGGCGCUACAUUUAUCGUCUAUGGCUCCGCCUCAUGGUGGACGACCACCCUUCCAGCGGCGAAGCUUCUUUGCCAAGGCAAUCUGCUUUGGAGAACAAGGCCCUCAGGAUAUUUCAGACCUGUUAUCAUUCCACCAGAGCCUUUGUGACGGGAUAUCCGCCCACCUGGACGACCCAGUCAAAUUCUACCCCCUUGCGCGGCGAACCGACCUACGGGACAACGUCAAUGUCAUUAGCACAGGGCAGCCGCAGCUUUUUAGCCAGCCCCGACAACGCGCCUCUCGCACCCUAUGCCGAUAUGAGAACGACAUACACUGUCAAUAGCGCAGAGAAUUCCCUCCAAAGAAGGGGUCUCGACUCAACAAGUCUUCAAACAGUAUCCUACGAAGCUACAACGUGGAUACCAAUCGACUAGCCUGGUGCCAGGCCUACCCCAAGGGAGAUAGCGACAGCCAUAUCACCCUCACAAGAUCCGAUGACCAUGGUGGUAUUAUUUUCAUCGAUGAACUCAGGCGCGAAAACGAUACGACGUUAAAG